GUGGGUUUGUCCUCGUUGAACUGCCAGCGAGGCUUAACUCAAGAUGGUGCGCGGUCCCAAGAAGCACCUCAAGCGGCUUAAUGCCCCCUACCACUGGAUGCUUGACAAGCUGAGCGGCAUUUUCGCUCCCAAGCCGUCCGCUGGUCCUCACAAGCAGCGUGAGUGCCUGCCCCUGCUGCUCAUCCUGAGGAACCGGCUGAAGUAUGCACUCACCGGCAAGGAGGUGCAGUCCAUCCUCAUGCAGCGUCUGGUGAAGGUGGAUGGCAAGGUUCGCACCGACCACACCUACCCCACCGGCUUUAUGGAUGUGAUCAGCAUUGAGAAGACGGACGAGCACUUCCGCCUGGUGCUGGACACCAAGGGCCGUUUCGUGGUCCACCGCAUCAGCAAGGAGGAGGCCGCCUACAAGCUGUGCAGGGUUCGCAAGGUUCAGUUCGGCAAGGGCGGUGUGCCGUACGUGGCCACCCACGACGGCCGCACCGUACGCUACCCGGACCCGGAGGUCAAGGCUAACGACUCGGUCAUGCUGGACAUUGAGACCGGCAAGAUUAAGGAGUACGUGAAGAACGAUGUGGGCGCCCUGGUGAUGGUGACGGGCGGCCACAACGCAGGUCGCGUGGGCAAGAUCGUCCACAAGGAGAAGCACAAGGGUUCCUUCGAGAUUGUGCACAUUGAGGAUGCCGCCGGCAACCGCUUCGCCACCCGCCUAACCAACAUUUUCGUGAUUGGCAAGGAGGGCAAGCCGCUUAUCAGCCUGCCCAAGGGCAAGGGUAUCCGCCUCACCAUUAUCCAGGAGCAGAAGAAGCGUUACGAGGCUGCCUCGGCGUAAGCGCGCCGGUGCGAUUGUCGCGGUGUAGUUCUCUUCUGUUGCCGCUGCUGGUGUAGCAGCGCUCUGCUGCUGUGCUGGUUGUGUACUCGUCCUGGAUGUGUAACGAAGCUGUCGCUGCGGUUGCACGGGCGUCCGUAUGGCUUGCUGGAACUCGUUUGGCUGCCGCUGGCAGAGCGCCCCGACUCUUGUCACGUUAUUCGCCAAAAGCGGCCUCGUGCCCGGGGAUCCUUUGCAGCGCGGGCAGCCCUGGGGUGGUGAGCUGCAGUGCUUCGAAAGGUGGAAGAGAAAGAAAUCAGGAACACUCCUGUCGACGAUUUGACGACGGGGUGCACAGUGGCGCGUCCUGUGUAACCCGAUGAAAAAGGCAAAUGAGCUGCC